GAGAGAGAGAGAAAGAGAGAGAGAGAGAGAGAGGAGAGUUAUACGGAGUUGCAGGUAUGGGAGCUCUUGCUCCGGUUUCUUCGUGGAUUCCUGAAGACGAUAUUAUGCUUAAAAACGCUUUGGAGGCUGGUGCCUCCUUAGAAUCUCUUGCUAGAGGUGCAGUAUACUUUUCUCGAAGAUUUAGUGUUCAAGAACUGCAAGAUCGCUGGCAUUCUCUUCUCUAUGAUCCUGCUGUUGCUGCAGAGGCAUCUGCUCACAUGAUUGAGUUUGAGCAUCAUGCUUUAAUUUUUCCAUCAAAAUCCAGCAGGUUUGAAAUUAGAAAAGAUAGAAAAUGUCAAACAGGGGCAAGAAAAGCUGAAAGUGUCCGUAAACGGUAUUAUGCCAUGUGUAAAAGAAUUUGCAAUGAACCAUUUGGCUCGAUGGACAUGAGCUUGCUUGGUGCAACUUGUAAUAAUAACUAUGUGAGAAAUGGGGAUGAGCUGCCAUCUGCAGAUUGCAUGCUUGGAUCUCCAAAUUCAAAUCAUUUUGGACUUCAGGACUCGAAUAUUGAUGCCAUGCAUUGUGCCUUCCCAGAAUAUGGGAAUGGUGAUGCCACUGCCACUGCCACUGGUGUUACUGCCCGUGCUUUUUGUACUGGACUCACUAGUUGCGCUGAAAAGGAUUCUCCUGUUUAUGAGAACAAUCCUCACAAUUUUGAGGAGAAUCUUGCUCUCACUGGGGAUUGCUCUGCAGUUGAGGAACUGCGCCUGUCGAAAGAAUUGCCAGUCUGCAACCUCUUUGAAGCUGAUGAAUUAGAUGUCAAAAACCCAGCUAUGUUUAAUCAAAUUUCUGCUAAUGAGGGAAAUGUGUGCUCAGCAUUUGGAGGAGGCCAGGUCUUCAAUUCACCAGUUUCAGAUUGUAAUGCUUCAUUUCACAAUUUGUAUUCAUCUCCACUGACCCAGACAAUUUGGAAUACAAUUGAGGGCAUUUGUGCACCAAUUUUGCCUGAUAUUCACCUUGGGGAGAAAGAACAGAAAACGGGGAAUACGUUUGCAUUUCCUGAUCAUGAUGGUAUGUGUAACCCAAGUGCAGCAAGAGAUUCUGUUGUCCACCCAAAUUUUAAUCUGGAAAACCCAAUGCCAUGUGAUGUCAUGAAAAAUUCAACUCCUAGCACUGAUGACUACUUUGUGUCUGAUUCACUUCUCAACUUUACGGCUGAGGAAGAGCUACUAUGCAUGGAUGAGUCUUAUAUUGAUGGUCUGAGCUCACUCCUGUGGGAUUCACCUAAUGACAGUGACAUGCCCAAUAUUGCUGUACCCAAACCAUUGGUAGCUCCAAAUGAAUAUCCCACACACCCUGAAGAAUUAGAUGACAAAGCGCUAUAUCAUGGUGGUGAUGGGAAUCUUGUUUGCAGUUCAAAGGUUCAAAUGUUACCAUCAUCAGCUGUGAAUUCUGAAUUUCCUGAACUGCGUAAUGGACCUAUUUGCUGCACGCUAAACAGUGAGGACCCAGAAAUUCCUAGUAAUGAUGAUGUUUUUCUUACUGUUCUGAUUCCAUCAUCACCUUUUUCAUCUGUAACGCAGUGGAAAUUUUAUGAAGAUAAUUAUCCCACGUCCUCAUCUGCUAAGGGCUUCUCGAGUAGUCAAAAAUCUAAAGAUGGAGGUCCAAAUGUUUUGAAGAGAAACAGAAAUAACUUUGAACAGUCCCAUGUACCUUCCCAAAUGAUUGGAUCGCAAUUGCUAUCAAAAAUGGUCCCAGACCUUUCAACCAGUGAUCAUGGGGUUAAAAUUGAAAUGCCUAACAGUGUUGCACAACAUUUGACAUUUAGGAACUCAUGUCCUGGUAGUGGAGGUGCAGCAGAUUUAAGUACAAACAGUCUCCAUCCUGCAGAUGUGAAGGAAGAUGUUACAAAACUUGAACUGGAAAAGCAUGUCAAUUGUAACCUAGAUGAUUCUUAUCUAAAGAAGCAGGCUAACGGCUUUCAUAGCCAUGAAAGAUGUUUUCAGAAGAGUGCUAGUUGCUGCAAGCGGGAAGUAGAAGCUUCACUUACAUUCCAUGAACAUCAAGCAUUACACACAUCCAUAGAUAUGAAUGUCCCAGAACUAGUUGUAAACCAUUCACCAUCUGAUCAGAGAGAGUUUCCUUCUGAAAACGAUGAUGAUAUACCUUAUUUUUCUGAUGUUGAAGCUAUGAUACUUGAUAUGGACUUGAGUCCUGAUGACCAGGAUUUUUAUUCCAGUAGGGAAGUCUUUAUAUACCACCAUGAGGACACUAAGAGGAAAAUCAUAAGGCUGGAGCAGGCUGCUGAUGCUUAUAUGCAAAGAGCCAUUGCAUCCCAGGGUGCCUAUGCUGUUUUAUAUGGGCGCUACUCGAAGCAUUUCAUCAAGAAACCGGAGGUUUUACUUGGGAGAGCAACUGGAGAUGUUGAGGUUGACAUCGACUUGGGAAGAGAAGGGUGUGCUAAUAACAUAUCUCGACGGCAGGCAAUUAUAAAGAUGGACGAGGAUGGAUUUUUCCAUCUGAAGAACCUUGGUAGGUGUUCAAUCUUCAUAAAUGGCAAGGAAGUAGCACCUAAACAGAGUCUAAACCUUUCUUCAAAUUGCUUGAUUGAGGUAAGAGGAAUGGCAUUUGCAUUCGAGACGAAUCAGAAUAGCGUAAAACAAUAUGCGAGUAACAUCACAAGAGGAAGCCAAUCCUGCGAACACAAAGAUUGAGUGAAGAUUGAAUGACUUUUUCAGAGGGUUUCAGAAGGUGCUUAUUUUUUACUGCACUUUUUGGGCUCCUGAUUUGCAGAGUCUAUUGUGUAUAGGGCGGAUUACGAUGUUAGAAAACUUCUAGAUCUGAUUUUCCAUGAUACAGAGAAACAGAUUAAGGUCAUGGUACCUUUGGAAAGUUCUUGUGCAUUUCUUGAGGCCAAUGCUGCUGUUGAGUUGUGGGCUGCGAUUGUUGUCUUCCAUGUGUUAAAGUUGGCCUGGGUGAAUCGAUGUAGUUCUGGUUAAGGAAAUGAACUUCUGGUAGCUAUACGGGGAUCGUUAAGGGGGUCAGAGGAUGCAGAAAGUCUACGGUUUUGGUAUAAUUUGAAAAAAAAUGGUUAACCCGAGAGGUAUCUCAAGUGGAGACGAGCUGUAAAUCUAGACAUUUUAAAUUUGAAUCAUAGUAAUCUUUUGAGGUCAGGUCAUGAAGAUUUUAUUCUCUGUGAAUAUUUUAGUUUCAACAGAGAUUGUUUGUUUUUAUUCUUCAUGAAUAUCAUAAUUUUGG